GGCGCUUGCGGUUGACUUUAUAGCUCCGCUGAAGGACGUAUUAUUGUGGAGGAAAGUGGUUGACUUUGCGUUGAAUCAUCCCGGGCUGCUAUUGCAGCUGAUUCACGCUGUAGAGUAUCACAUAGAAAAGGAUGGCAUCGAUACGGUACCAGUAGAGGCUCGGCCGGCUCAGAUCUUGAGGAGAGUCCCUCGGGACUUCCUUGGAUGGCAUGAACUUGCUGGUGAUGUGGUGUUGUCGCUGUCGCGAUGUGAGCUAGAGGUUGGACCGGCGUUGCACUCGGUUAUGCCUCGAACUUCUACACAAUCCUUCUGCUCUUUGGGGGACAACGAGAAAGUAUGCCAUAUCCGAGAGCUCAUCAGCCUCGUCCACGGCAUACGCCUCUACCACUCGGUGUCCGCCGACUGGCCAGGUGCUGGUCUUAACACGAAGGAGGUAUUAGGCGAUCCGGAUAAGCGUAGGAGAGCGGAUGAUCUCGAUGAUGCACUUCAGGAGAUUAACAGUAGAUGCUCGCGACUCAAGGAGUAUAUAGACUACCUCGUAGUGGUGUCACUGAAGGAGGAGGCAGGGGAGGGUUUGGCAAAGGGAACUGAUGAUAUUUGCUAUCUACGUCAGUGUGUGUUGUAUCUCCGAUCUGCUGGUGAUGAUAUUGAGAGGGCUAUCGAACGGUUGUAUAAAUCGCGCUCUCACUUUGCCGAGUGUGCUAGGAUGAUAGGUGCCGGGAUGGGCAACAGGACGGUCAUCCUCAAGGCGGAGGUUUACCCUUGUUUUGAUUCUCUUGCGAAGUACUACUAUAGUUGCCGUGAUGAGCUGCGGUUCAUCAAUGAUCGGAUACGUCUGGCACAUAUGGUGUUCGAGCAGUUGGAUGCAUAUAGCCCUGAGACGCCGUCCUCUUUCGAGCAGCACUCGGUGCUCGAGUCGUGGCAGGAUGUAUGUCCAUGGUGGUCUAAGGAAGAUGAAGAUACGCCUGUUGAGGCCAAGGAUGAGAGCACCACUGAGGGUAAUAUGAUUCUUCUUGAGCCUGGAAGCUUUGGGAAGUACCAAGAAGUUGGGCUGAAAUACCAGGGGUACUGUCCGAUCGCUAUCGCUGACGGUAGAGGUCUGCUUGUACCGGGUGACCCUCAGCAUGGCCUCGUCCUCCGACUCGAUGGAGGGGCCGCGUCCUUGGUGGCGUUUUCGUCUCCUGGGGCCGUGAGGAGGUUUAUGGCUGACCACAGUAAAUAUGAGGAAUGGGUGAAGGCGUAUUGUCGUUUGAUGCCUCCACUUAUCCCCUUGUUGCAAAUGCAGGCGGAAUUCCCGCAUAUUCCGGGUGCACUGUUCGACGGAGAAGAUAAGUCCGAUCGUCAGGAGGGCGGCCUUGGGCGGGUUCGACUGGACGUGGCCUGCGAGACGGAGUUGCAUCCGCAGCAGCAUGUGGAUAAGGAAUAUGAAUGGAACGAAUGGAGGCUGCGGGAGAAAUUGUUGAGGGCAGUGACGCUACGACAGAAAAAGACGAGAAGUGUCCAGACUGAUUACUCCUCCUUCAGAAGAGACAGUGACGUGCAGGUCUAUCUCCCCAAGACUGCAACGACGAAUACCUCCCAUGACAAGUGGACAAAUCCGGUGGUUCAUAAACGAUACUUGGUCGGUAUGAGAGGAGCCAAAAAGGAUGCAUUGAAAAGUGUGGAUAUCAAGUUUGACAUGUGA